AUGUGGGACUGGUUCAGUCGAGCGCAUCGCAAAACUGCGCUUGAUGAAGCUGUUUUCGUCAUAAGAUUCAUCUUGAUUCAGAACCGAGCCGGUAAAACGCGACUGGCGAAAUGGUACGUUCAUUUCGAUGAUGAUGAAAAGCAGAAGUUGAUUGAAGAAGUCCAUGCUUUGGUGACUGUGCGGGAUGCGAAGCACACAAAUUUCGUGGAGUUUAGAAACUUCAAGAUCGUUUACCGGAGAUACGCUGGGCUUUACUUCUGCAUAUGCGUGGACGUGAAUGACAAUAACUUGGCAUACCUGGAGGCGAUUCACAACUUUGUUGAGGUGUUGAAUGAAUACUUUCACAAUGUCUGCGAGCUGGAUCUCGUCUUCAACUUUUACAAAGUGAGUGGGAUUUUCCAUAAUCUUGUACUUGAUGAAGGUCUCAGUAGUUUAGUCCUUUUAUCAUUCAGCCACGGUGUCACUAUGCAAGAGAGGAGGAUGGGAAGUAUUUGCCUGAAAGCAAAGGAUCGAACUUCUCACAUGGACCCUGAGUAUCCCGAACUUUCUGAUACGGAUUUAGAGUUCCUUUUGAGGAAUACGGGCUUAACUGAGCCACAGAUAAAAAAUAAGCACUAUUCCGUAUGGAAGAAACUUAAAGGGAACACUUUGACACCCGAGAGCUUCGAGGAGGUCUUCAAACUAUUUUUCCCCUUGAGUGACUCGGCGGGAUUCCGCCAGGAAGUAUUCUCGACUUUCGAUCCAGCCAAGAAAGACUGGAUAGACUUCAGCGAAUUCGUUCAAGCCGUCAACAUUCUUUCAACUAGAGCCCUGUACGAGCAAUUGGGCACAGCAUUCCUGAUCUUUGACAGGAACAACAGCGGGGAAAUUGACAAGGAGGAAAUGUUAGACGUGAUUGCUUACUUAGCUUUCCAUCAGGGCAAGAAUAUUAAACCGCUGGCAAUGAUUGAGAUGGUCGACAGAAUCUUCAACGCUGUGGAUGAAGAUGGUAAUGGUGUGCUAACAAAGGAAGAAUUCUUGAAUGGAUGCCUCAGCUGCAAGGAAAUGGCGGCGCUGCUACAAACGGUGUGACUCUCCAUGUUCUUUCUUUAACAUAUAAUACCGUUGAAUCAUAUAAAAGUACGUAAUUCUUCUA